UCGUGUUCCUUGGAGUCCGCCUGCGACGUAACGCGUGUUGCUUGGAGUCCGCCUGCGACGUAACGCGUGUUGCUUGGAGUCCGCCUGCGACGUAACGCGUGUUGCGUGGAGUCCGCCUGCGACGUGCCGGAGAGAAGGGAGGCAACAAGAGUUCGAUUCGUGCUCCUUAACCUCACUUCGGCAAACAAGAUGGGAGACUGUGGCUGCCCCUGCAAUCCGUGCAAGUGCACAGAUUGCCAGUGCGGCAAAGGGAAAUAGUUAUGGAGGCCAUUGGAGGGGUGAUGGGGCGGAAGAGGUGAAGCCAGCCGGAGGGGCGGCUGGCUGCUUGAUUGGUGGACCAACAGAGACGACGAUGGAUGAACGUCCUGUCGUUGAUUUUACUGUUCUAUGGCCGGCCGGGCUUGCUACGUUGUCAUCGGAUGACCAGCCUCUGGUUUGAUCUAUGGACCUGCACCUUGUUGGUCUGAUUGAUCCAACGGCUACCGUGUUUGAUUGCGGGUGAUCUUUUCGUCUGUCUGAUCUUGCUGGGGUCAGAUGGCGGGUUCUUUUGGACUACCGGUAGUAAGUUUUGGGUGGGUCUCCAUCUUGACAUCGAGUGAAGCGGUUGCCUGGUCUCAUCGGUGGAGUACUGUUUUUAAAGAUGAUCCGCUAGUGGUCCUCCAACUGUACCAGGUUUUUGUUUCAUGGCCGGACCAGGAGCAGACCGUCCUGCAAGGCCAUCCGCAAGGAAUUUGAAGGAACGAGAAGGGAAGAAAAGCUGUCGGACCAUCACCAGAUUGACGGCGGACCUAUCCAUAUCCAAGCGGCUGGAAGUUGCCCCGCGCGUGCGCGCGCGUGUGUGUGUGUGUGUGUGUGUGUGUGUGUUGGCGGCUUCUUUUGUCCGAGUGUCUGCGGUGUGUGUCUGCGGGGUGUGUGUGUGUGUGUGUGUGUGUGUGUGCAGCUUCUUUGUUCCGGUGUCUGCGUUGUUUCAUCGUUAUGGAGUUUCGACGACUAUCGAGUACUUGGAAUCCGGCAAGGAUUGGAAGCAGAAGAGAGGCGUGAGAGAAAAGGAAUUUGGAGCAAAACCUGUGUGUGUGUGUGUGUGUGUGUGUGAGAGAGAGAGAGAGAGAGAGAGAGAGAGAGAGAGAGAGAGAGAGAGAGAGAGAGAGAGAGAGAGAGAGAGAGAGAGAGGAGGAGGAGGAGGAAGGACAGGCAGUGAGUGUUGAGGGGAUGACAAGGAGAGUUCCUUGACGUUUUCUUGGCGAAUAUAACACCCGCAGGCGGUCAGACGAUAUCGAUAUUGAUAUUGAUAUUUCUAAAAUCUUGUUCCGAUUGCAAAAAACAAGAAAAAGGAAAAAUCUCGUUCCGAUUGUUAGGUGCAGGGAGAGAGAGGAUUUAUUUGUUGUCGUUUCUGCUUUUUUUUUUCUCGUUUUUUGUAAGGAUAACUUCAGUAGAGUCACGAAAACGAGUUAUAACUGCACUAUGGGGCAAGAUACAGUUUGCAAUUGCACUUCAGGCACUCUACCUGGCCAGUAAGAUGGGUUGUAUACAUUGCCCAAACUGUAAUUCGAAACUGUAUCUUGGCCCAUAGUGCAAUUACAACUCAUUUGUGUGACUCCCGGGUAGUUUCCCCUUUUUUUUUCUUUUUUUUUCACCAUUUUUAUGAUUUUUUCUCCUUCUUGGGCCUGGAGAAAAUUCCAAAAAGCCGUAGGAGAAAAUUCCAAAAAGCCGUAGCUAAACGGAGUGGAGGAUGCGGAGAAGUCGAAUCACGGAUGAUGAAGGGCGUUGCUGCACGGCACACGAAACGAAAAACGAAACGGAUGUAUCUUUCCGCAGAAAAUGGCCAGGUUCAUCGGUUUGCUAUACUUAGUGCCACCUCAGCAGUGACACAUCAGCAGAGUGCCACCUCAGCAGUGACACAUCAGCAGAGUGCCACGUCAGCAGGUGCCACCUCAGCAGAGUGCCACUUCAGCAGGUGCCACAUCUUAAUGCGCCGCAGCCAACGACUGGCUGAGCGCGGAUCCGCAGGAGCCAAGCCUGAACAGGAACUGAGCACCCCUCGGAUACCGCGCAAACCACACACGACCAUGGCUGCUAACUCUGACAACAGUGCACCAGCUAGCCCUAAGAGGCCGGUUACCCCUCCUCUCCCAGUUCAGCAGGCCGAUGAAACGCUCCUAGCGUUCCUCGACCGUCUCCAGCACUAUUCGGAGACAACGGCAACUGACCUACGCAAGUGCGAAGAAGAGGAAGCCGCCCGCCAGCAGGAAAUACAACGCCAGCAGGCAGAGGCAGCAGCAGCACGUCAGCGGGCCGCAGCAGAAGCUGCAGCAGCCGCACGGUUGCAGCAGCAGCAGCUCGAGGCAGAUCAGAACCAGGCUCGUUACCAAGCCACGAUGGAUCUUGCUCGCGACGAAGCCACAUAUGUCAGGCUACUUCGACAACAGCAUUUCCAAGAGACCGAAGAACAAGCCCGGCCUACCGAUGAAGAACGAACCAAGGAAGGGACAGCAGUACUAAUGGAGACUCUGCUGUGCACAUGCAAUUGGCAGCAACAUGAACUGCUCGCCACGCGGCAGGUCCUCAUCCGCCGUGAAACAACACUUAAGGCACUGGACAAGAGGAUCGCGACCCUGCAGGCCGAGAACAGCUCACUACAGGCCGCCAGCAGCCAGCAGCAGACGCUGAACAGCCAGCAGCAGACACUUAACCAUCAGCUGCAGGCAGAUGUCAGCAAUGGGUUGGCACAGCUGUCAUCAGCUGCAUCAACAGGCAGUGCAGCAGUCGACUGCACCCCAGCUUUGGCCGCACAGGCAAAACAAUUGGAGGAGCGCGUCAAUCAUUUAGUCGCAUCCAUCGGUGACAUCAGCAAGUUUGUUGGAGCGUCGACAGUCAGCAAUCAACUGCAGACGCUCAGCGACCGCGUUGACCAACGACCGGCCGCUGCCGCCAAGGAAUGGAAGAUGCCGAACUUCAAGAUCGAGAAGUUCGACGACUAUCACAAGACGGACCCGCUGCAAUGGUGGAUGGCCUUCAACACAGAGGCGGAUGCACAUCAUACACCCGCCCAUCGAUGGCUGGACGCUCUAUACCUCCAACUCAUUGGUGGAGCGCGGGUCUUCAUGACGCAUAUGGUGGUCACAUUGGAGUGCACCAUCGCCACCCUCCACACCAAGAUCACCUGGGAGGAAUUCGAGAAGAAGUGGAAGACCCGGUUCAUGGUCAACAAUGACAAGCGUCACUCUAUGAACAAGAUCUUCCGCAUCUACCAAGGCCAGCAAACAUCACGGGAAUGGCUGACGGAGUGGCAAAGACUCGUCGCCACCCCGGAGUUGGGCUUACCAUUCGACGCAAUCCGGGCUGAAUUCUUCGCUCGGUCAUGCGACGCUUUGACAGCCAGGCUUGGUACCGAAUUCCAAUGUGAGACCUUUGAUGAGCUGAUCUCAAAGGCAAGAGACCUGAUCCAAGUACCACCUCCGUCGACGGACAGCGGAGUAGCGGUUGUUGAUCUUUGUAACUAUCUUGCGAAGAUCGACCGCGAGUACGCAACGCAACGGUACAUCGACAACGACGCGCCGCUCCACUACAUCCGCAUUCAGAUCGGAAAGGCGACCUGCAGUGCCUUGAUCGAUUGUGGAGCGACUCGCAACUACAUCAGCCAAGACUUCAUGGCACGCGCCGGGCUCGGCCCGCGCAUCGAGAUUCAGCCAAGAGAUCGGUACAAAACCGCUUUCAAGACGCAGUAUGGGCACUUUGAGUGGAUCGUCAUGCCUUUCGGUCUCACCAAUGCCCCGACUACUUUCCAAGCGGCUAUGACGACGCAAUUCCGCUACUUACUCGACCGCUCCGUACUCAUUUACCUCGAUGACAUCUUGGUUUAUAGUCGGUCGCUGGACGAGCAUCUCGAGCACCUUCGUGCCGUAUUGGAGCGGUUUCGUAUCGCCAAGUACAAGGCAAACCGCGACAAGUGCGAGUUUGCCCAACAAGAUCUGGAGUACUUGGGCCAUUACGUCACGCCACAAGGCAUUCGUCCGCUCGCGGACAAGUUACGAGCUAUUCAAGAUUGGCCGGACCUCAAGUGUACUACCGACGUUCGCUCCUUUCUCGGCUUGGCAUCGUACUACAUACGCUUCGUCAAAGGAUUUCAACGCAUCGCUGCACCAUUGUUGCGACUUCAUUCCCCCUUGGUGCCUUUCGAGUUCAGCGACGAGGCCCGGCAUGCGUUUCACACGCUGAAGAUGGCUUUGCUUCAAGCUCCCGUCUUAAGCAUCUAUGACCCGACGUUGCCUACCAAAGUGACUACGGACGCCUCCAGUUACGGCAUUGGCGCGGUUUUGGAACAGCAUGACGACACAGACAGGCAUCCGGUUGAGUAUUUCAGCCAAAAGAUGUCGCCCAUCAACACUCUUGAUGAUGCGAGGAAGAAAGAACUCCUAGCUUUUGUCAGYGUACUUAAGCGUUGGCGUCACUUUCUCCUCGGGCGUCGGCGAUUCACGUGGGCAACGGACAACAAUCCGUUGACAUACUACAAGACGCAAGACACGGUGAGCAGCACGAUCGGUAUGUGGAUGUACUUCAUUGACCAGUUCGACUUCACCUCCAAGCACAUUCCGGGCUCCUCGAACAAGGCGGCGGAUGCUCUCUCGCGAAGACCCGAUCUUUGCGCCAUGGUGCACUCCAYGUUCGGCCUCGACGAGGACCUCCAACACCAUUUCGUAAACGGGCUACAAGUCGGAUCCGGGAUUCUCCACACUCUACGCGGACUUAUCAUCGGACCAACCGCCGACAAGCAACUAUCGCAUCACCGACGGCUACUUGCUCCUCCAUACGCGAGGCAAGGACUUGUUGUGUGUUCCCCAAGACCGCAUCUUGCGCACUCGCCUCCUUGGCGAAUACCAUGAUUC